AUGGCGUACCUGCAGGACGUGAUGGAAGUGCAAGGGUACCUCAGAGUGCACGACGCUGUGGAGGCAUUACAUGCACUGAACCUUGCAGUGGUAACGAGUCAUUGGAACGCACUCGUGGACACGGAAGGAGGAUCCCAUAUAGGUGUUCAGAGAACACCCAGUCUGGUGCGAGGUGGAAGUGUAGAAACACAAGUGACUGGCGAGGUGAUCAAAACUGUUGACACUCUUGCCCAUCAAUUAACGUGGCCCCAAAAGUAUCGCAUGCAAGACUCCAGCUACACUCACACCUUCAAGAAAUAUUACUCUCCAUCUGGCUCCUAUCUGGUCAUUCAUGCCCCUCAGGAACGCUUGAAGUGUCUCGGAGAACACAGACAACAUCUUAUCACCAUUUUAUUUGCUGCUAAUAACCAGCCCAGAGCCAACUUCACAGUUCAGGUUGUGUCACGGGGGCGAAUACAGUUCUCAGGAACAUCGGAGCACGAACUGUCUGCACGGGACCUGCCCAUUGAUGAAGACCACGUAGUGGGAGACUGUCCCCCGCUAACGCCGCUCCCCGCCUCCCAUGUCAGGGGAUUUAUCCAGAUUCCCGUCACACUUCCACCAACAGCAUCCCCGAACGCCAUGGUGGUUGUGUGGUACAGCCGGGACGAUGGAGAAGUCGUCACCGACGCUCAGCAGCUCAACAUAGACAAGUGCUUCCAUAACCAAGUUAAUCUGGCGUGGUCACGCUCCAGGGCACAACCAGCGGAGCAAGUUAGUCUGCGUCUGUCUGCUGAACCAAAGUCUCUCUGCAGUCUUGGUGUGGUAGACAGGAGUGUGGAGUUGCUGUCACCUCAACAGGAUAAUCUCGCCGUAGACAAAGUUUUUGAACUUGCAGCUGAAUUCGAGGUUAAGGAGGACGAUCAUCCUCAAGUGGAUGACUAUGCAUAUUGCAGUAGAACACAUCGGCACAGGAAAAGGGAUACAGUUUCUUCAAGUAUGCCAGACCAAGUUGACUCCGGACUUUCGCCUUACAUCCCUGAUGUUGAUGAGAGUUCUCGAGAUAAACGUAGUAGUUAUAGUUCUAUAAUCUACUCCACUAAAGAUGUGGACGCCCUCAAAAUGUUUGAUAAAUCCGGGCUCUAUUUUCUCAGUAACUUAAAAACCGAGACAAGACAAUGUCAAAAGAAAUAUAUCCUUCCUCGUCGUCAGGAGCUUGAAGAUGAAUAUAUGAACUAUGAAUAUAUGGAUCUAUAUCCCUCUGGUGAUAAUUAUCUACGACCCCCCGUCCCACGCCCUCUUACUACUACAGUACCAACUACCACAACAACGACACCACCAGCAGCCAUAUUGCCUCCUGAAGCUAUAACAACAAUGCCUCGUGUGUACUUCCCUGAGACAUGGUUGUGGCAGCUUUCCGCACUCCCGGCCUCAGGUGUGAGUAACGAGGAACUAAAGAUGCCUGACACCAUUACUGAGUGGGUGGGGAAAGCUGUGUGUGUACACCCAGAGAAGGGUCUUGGAGUCUCCCAGGCGGCCUCCAUCACCACCUUCACUCCCUUCUUCAUCCACCUCACUCUCCCGCCAUCUGUCAAACGUGGUGAGAUCCUCCCCGUCAAGAUAUCAGUUUUUAACUACCUUGAAGGAGCAUUACCGGUGAAGGUGGAGCUUGAGGAAAGUGGUGAGUACGUGAUCCUGGAGGAGCCAGGGAGCCAGCAGCCUGUAGGCCAACACAGCUUCUGCAUCCCUCCACAAGAUAAGGUUGUCCAUACUGUAAAGAUUCGUCCUCUGGCACUUGGGCAAGUUAACCUCACCGUUGCGGCUUAUGUUGACGAGGUGUUCCCGGAGGAGUGUGGCCCCGAGUACGUCAUCAGUAAGAGAGAUGUAAUAAUAAAGCCCAUUAAAGUAGAGGCUGAGGGCUUCCUUAGAGAGAAGACGUGGACCAAAUAUAUUUGUUCACGUGAUAUUGAGGCCAAUACAGACUCCUUCGAAAUGUGGAGGCUCAAACCACCAGCAGAAAUAGUUCAGGAUUCAGCUCGAGGAUGGGUUACAGCAGUUGGUGAUCUUCUUGGCCCUACACUUAAGAAUCUGGGUUCACUGGUGCGAAUGCCAUAUGGUUGUGGAGAACAGAAUAUGCUAAACUUCGCUCCCAACAUUUUCAUUCUUCAGUAUCUUGAAGCCUCGAACCAGACAACUCUGGACAUUGGCAACAAAGCUAUUGAAUACAUGAAGCAAGGAUACCAGCAAGAGCUCAACUACCGUCACCAGGACGGGUCGUACAGUGCCUUUGGCCGCUCUGACUCCUCGGGCUCCACCUGGCUCACAGCCUUCGUGCUCAAGUCCUUCGCUCAAGCUCGCCAGUUUAUCAUGAUUGAUGAGAAUGAGUUGGAUAUGAGUCGAACUUGGCUGAAGAAGACGCAGACGAAUACUGGGUGCUUCGACAUGUUUGGCAGGGUACUGAAUAAGAACAUGAAG